AUGAUGGUAUCGAGAGGGCUGUUUGGGUGGUCCCCACCACAUAUACAGCCUUUAACGCCGGUGUCAGAGGUUUCGGAGCCGCCGGAGUCUCCGUCGCCUUACAUGGACACAAGUAAUGAUGCUUUACCUGUGGAAGCGGAGGAGGAAAUGGAGGAGUCAGAGGAGAUCGAGCCGCCUCCGGCCGCUGUGCCGUUCUCCAAGCUGUUUGUGUGUGCUGAUAGGCUUGAUUGGGUGCUUAUGGUGGUUGGAUCGCUUGCUGCGGCGGCGCAUGGCACAGCUCUGGUGGUUUACUUGCACUACUUUGCAAAAAUUGUUCAGUUGCUGGCUCAUGAUCAUGAGAACGCGGAUUUGCUUUUUGAUAGGUUCAAAGAGCUUGCUCUCACCCUUGUCUAUAUUGCUGGUGGUGUUUUUGCUGCUGGUUGGAUAGAGGUUUCAUGUUGGAUUCUUACCGGAGAAAGGCAGACUGCUGUUAUCAGGUCAAGAUAUGUGCAAGUACUACUUAAUCAAGAUAUGAGUUUCUUUGACACUUAUGGGAACAAUGGAGACAUUGUCAGCCAAGUGCUGAGUGAUGUAUUGCUUAUCCAGUCUGCCCUUAGUGAAAAAGUUGGAAACUAUAUUCAUAAUAUGGCUACAUUCUUUGGUGGCCUUGCAAUUGGAUUCAUCAACUGUUGGCAAAUUGCCCUCAUCACUUUAGCCACUGGCCCCUUUAUUGUGGCUGCUGGAGGAAUAUCAAAUAUAUUUCUUCAUAGGCUUGCUGAGAGUAUUCAAGAUGCGUAUGCUGAAGCAGCAGGUGUUGCUGAACAGGCAGUUUCGUAUGUGAGGACCUUAUAUGCUUUUACAAAUGAAACAUUAGCAAAAUAUUCUUAUGCAGCUUCCCUACAAGCCACACUGAGAUAUGGUAUAUUGAUAAGUCUCGUGCAAGGACUUGGCCUUGGAUUCACAUAUGGACUUGCAAUUUGCUCUUGUGCCUUGCAACUGUAUGUUGGGAGAUUUUUGGUUACACAUAGACAUGCUCAUGGUGGAGAAAUUAUAACUGCCCUGUUUGCUGUCAUUUUAAGUGGCCUUGGACUCAAUCAAGCUGCAACGAACUUCUAUUCCUUUGAGCAAGGGAGAAUUGCUGCAUAUCGACUUUUCGAGAUGAUUAGCCGUUCAUCCUCCACCGUUGAUAAUGAUGGAAACACUAUUGCUUCUGUUCAAGGGACCAUUGAAUUUAGAAAUGUGUACUUCAGUUACUUGUCUCGUCCUGAAAUUCCUAUUUUGAGUGGGUUUUACCUAACUGUUCCAGCCAAAAAAACAGUGGCACUUGUGGGAAGAAACGGCUCUGGUAAAAGUAGUAUCAUACCGCUUAUGGAACGGUUCUAUGACCCUACUUUAGGGGAAGUUCUUUUGGAUGGGGAGAAUAUCAAAAACCUGAAAUUGGAAUGGCUAAGAAGCCAAAUUGGCUUGGUCACUCAGGAACCUGCUUUGCUAAGCUUGAGUAUCAGGGACAAUAUUGCUUAUGGCAGAGAUGCCACUUCACUUCAAAUUGAAGAUGCUGCGAAAAUUGCUCAUGCGCAUACAUUUAUUACCUCACUUGAGAAAGGAUAUGACACACAGGUAGGCAGGGCUGGUUUAUCAUUGACAGAAGAACAGAAAAUAAGGCUUUCUGUUGCCAGGGCCGUGCUUUCAAACCCAUCUAUUCUUCUUCUUGACGAGGUCACUGGUGGGCUGGACUUUGAAGCUGAAAGAUCUGUUCAGGAGGCUCUGGAUCUGCUGAUGUUAGGCCGGUCAACUAUCAUAAUUGCUCGUCGGCUUUCUUUAAUAAGGAAUGCUGAUUUUAUAGCUGUGAUGGAAGAUGGUCAGUUAAUGGAGAUAGGGACACAUGAUGAGCUAAUAGCAUCGGAUGGGCUAUAUGCAGAACUUCUGAGAUGUGAAGAAGCAGCUAAACUCCCGAGAAGGAUGCCAGUGAGAACCUACAAUGAGACUGCAGCUUUCCAAAUUGAAAAAGAUUCUUCAGAAAGUCGAAGCUUCCAAGAACCAUCCUCGCCGAAAUUUGCUAAAUCACCAUCACUUCAGCGAGCUUCAAACUUACAUGCAACGAGGCCCCAAGAUUCUGCUUAUGGUUCACAUGAAUCACCAAGAAAUCCAAGCCCUGCUGAGAAAAUGGUUGAAAACGGUGUGUCCUUGGAUGGAACAAACAAAGAACCAUCAAUAAAAAGGCAAGAUAGUUUUGAAAAGAGAUUACCUGAGUUACCAAAGCUUGAUGUUCAUGCUAUCCGUCGACAAACAUCUAAUGGUUCUAACCCCGAGUCACCUGUUUCACCACUGUUGACAUCUGAUCCUCAAAGUGAGCGUUCACAUUCACAAACCUUUAGUCGACCUAAUUCUCAGUUUGCUGACAAGCCAAUUAGAGUUCAAGCAGAAAAGGAAAAACAAUAUAGGAAAGAACCAUCAGUUUGGAGACUUGUGGAAUUGAGCCUGGCUGAAUGGCUGUAUGCUGUUCUAGGAAGUACGGGUGCUGCAAUAUUUGGUUCUUUUAACCCUCUUCUUGCUUAUGUAAUUGCACUAAUAGUGACAGCAUAUUAUAGAAACGAAAUUGACAAGCACAACAACAUAAAAGAUGAAGUGGACAAGUGGUGCUUAAUCAUUGCCUGCAUGGGUGUUGUGACUGUAAUAGCAAACUUUUUGCAGCACUUUUACUUCGGUAUAAUGGGGGAGAAAAUGACUGAACGAGUUAGGAGAAUGAUGUUUUCUGCAAUGCUUCGCAAUGAAGUUGGAUGGUUUGAUGAAGAAGAUAACAGCGCUGACACCUUGUCCAUGCGAUUAGCAAAUGAUGCAACAUUUGUGAGAGCAGCUUUCAGCAACCGACUUUCUAUACUCAUACAAGAUAGUGCAGCCGUUAUUGUGGCAAUAUUAAUAGGGAUGAUUCUACAUUGGCGAUUGGCACUUGUGGCUUUGGCCACACUGCCAGUUCUUACUGUUUCUGCUAUUGCUCAGAAAUUAUGGCUAGCUGGAUUCUCAAAGGGGAUACAGGAUAUGCACAGGAAAGCAUCAUUGGUCCUCGAGGAUGCAGUUAGAAAUAUAUACACUGUUGUGGCUUUCUGCGCCGGUAACAAAGUGAUGGAGCUGUACAGAUUUCAGUUGGGCAAGAUAUUCAUGCAGAGCUUUUUUCAUGGCAUGGCUAUUGGCUUUGCUUUUGGCUUUUCACAGUUUCUUCUUUUUGCCUGCAACGCCCUUCUCCUCUGGUACACCGCACUCUGUGUUAAGAAUGGAUAUGUGGAUCUCCCAACUGCUCUCAAAGAGUACAUGGUUUUUUCUUUUGCUACUUUUGCCCUCGUAGAGCCUUUUGGUUUGGCUCCCUAUAUUCUCAAAAGGAGGAAGUCUCUGAUAUCAGUUUUUGAAAUAAUAGAUAGAGUGCCCAAGAUUGAGCCGGAUGAUACUGCUGCUUUGAAACCUCCAAAUGUUUAUGGAAGUAUCGAGUUGAAAAAUGUAGAUUUUUCUUAUCCAACUCGCCCAGAGAUUCUGGUUCUGAGUAAUUUCAGUCUCAAAGUCACUGGUGGGCAGACUGUUGCUGUUGUGGGGGUUUCAGGAUCCGGAAAAAGCACUAUAAUCUCAUUGAUAGAGAGAUUUUAUGAUCCGGUUGCUGGUCAAGUGAUGCUAGAUGGCCGUGAUUUAAAGCAAUUCAACUUGAGAUGGUUGAGAAAUCACCUUGGUCUUGUUCAACAAGAACCCAUCAUCUUUUCAACAACCAUCAAGGAAAAUAUUAUAUAUGCAAGACACAAUGCGAGUGAGGCUGAGAUCAAGGAAGCUGCUAGAAUAGCAAAUGCUCACCAUUUCAUCAGCAAUUUGCCUCAUGGGUACGACACUCACGUGGGAAUGAGGGGUGUGGAUUUGACCCCUGGCCAGAAGCAGAGGAUCGCAAUCGCUCGUGUGGUGUUGAAGAAUGCACCCAUUUUAUUAUUGGAUGAGGCAAGCUCAUCAAUCGAGUCUGAGUCGAGUCGGGUGGUUCAGGAGGCUCUUGCUACGCUUGUCAUGGGAAACAAAACAACCAUUCUUAUAGCUCAUAGAGCUGCCAUGAUGAGGCAUGUCGACAACAUUGUUGUGCUAAAUGGAGGUCGGAUAGUUGAGGAAGGGCCCCACGAUUCUUUAAUGGGGAAGAAUGGUUUGUAUGGCCGGUUAAUGCAACCUCACUACGCAAAGGGUAUACGUCAGCAUAGACUUGUGUAGAUGUGUGGGUUUGGUGAUUUUUCAUGACCAAUCGUCAGUCCAUGACUGUAGAGCGAAUGAAUAUACAUGCGCUUUGUUAAAUUUACUCAUAUUAUUCACCUGCACUUCUGAAAACGCUUAUGGAUGGAAGGCGAAGCCGGUGGUAGGUGGCGGCUGUUGGCGGGUAUGGUGGUGGAUGUAGCAUUUAAACUUCGGGUCAGGGUUGUAGAUUUGGGCUCUCAGAUACAGAUUGCAUAUUCUUUUGGAGGCGCUGCAUUGACAGGUUAGAAGCAUGCUGUCUCUCCUUGAUAUAUUGAUUUGUUGAUCAUAGAAUUUAGUGUUCAGGUGUUCGUUUGCCUUCUUUUCUUGUUAUUUCCAUUUUCACCUGUGUGUUUAUCUUGCUCCUUCACUGUCAUCCGACUGUUUCGUACAUUUGUAUAUCCUUUCGAAUUUUGUGGAAGUUUAUGAGGCUUAAAAAGGAGAAAAUUGAACGUAUUUAUUGUAAUCCUUUUGUAUAUAAAGAGGUUUAGAUCGAUUAAAGACUC